CUGUGGUCCAGGAGGCAGCUUCUUACAACUCAGCCAGGCAAGUGGACAAUGGAGGAGAAAAGAAGCACCGUCUAAGAGGGGACGAGGCAGAAGAAGGGAUUCAAGAUGGGGAACAUGAUGAAACUGCUGACUUCCAGUUUUGAGACUACUCAGCAUAAGCAUGCAGAAAAGAGGAUGCCCAUGGAUGAGGAAAUAUUAUCAGUUCCCAUCAGUAACAAUGUUUAUGCCAUUCUAAAGAGACGAGAAAACUAUUUAUGCAGUCUGCUUCAGAAGAAAUUUGCUUGCAUUGCUAUCCUUAAGACUGUAAGGAAUCCCAUCGAAGUAUACAAGAAAAGGCUGAAAGAAGGAGUUGAAGUUUCUGUUUGGGUAGAUGACCUAACAAGACAUGAGGCUGAUGCUUUGGUGAAUGCAGCCAAUGAGUACUUGCACCAUUUUGGAGGCCUUGCAUUUGCAGUCCUGAAAGCUGGAGGGCCAGAAAUUGAAGAGCAGUGCAAGCAUUUCAUUGAGAAGAAUGGACCACUCAGUGCUGGCCAGAUUGCUGUCACAAGUGGUGGAAGACUCCAUUGUAAGCAAAUCAUCCAUGCAGUUGGUCCACGAUGGUCUGAAGGCCAGAGAGAGGAAUGUUGCCUCAAGCUUGAAGCAGCCAUUAUCAACAUUCUGAAAUAUGUAAAUGCUCCAGAAAAUAACAUCAAGUCUGUGGCCAUUCCUGCAUUGAGCUCAGGGAUCUUCAAUUUCCCACAAGACUUGUGUGCUCAGGUGAUUGUACAGACUAUAAAGAAUUUUAUCCAGCUAGCUCCUUUGUUUGGCUACUUACAAGAAAUCCAUCUUGUGAACAUUGAUGAGGCCACAGUUGAAAUAAUGAGAAGAGUUUGUGAUGAGUUGCUAGGUGCCAAUGACAUUGUGUCUCUGAAUGGGACAGUGGAGUCUCUCACAGUCCAUGACAUCUGCCUUCAAAUCAAGAAAGGGAUGAUAGAAAGACAGAAAGGUACUGUUAUUAUUAACUCUGUGGUUCUACAAGAUGACCACUCACAAGGAACAGGAACAAUAUGGGGGAAAGCCAAUACAGCAAUGAAAGAGACGCUCCUUGCAGAAUUACAUAAACAUCCAUCGGAGAGUCCCAAACUCAUAUACACUGCAGGAUACAAUAAUGACUGUGAGCUUCUUGUACUCCAUGUGAUAUGGCCAUCUUCCAGUAAAGACAAUGCACAGGAGGCGCUAAAAACAGCCAUCUCUAAAAGUCUUUUCAAGACUCAGGAGUUUCCGUCUGUUUCUUUUCCUCCCCUGGGGAUUGAAGAGUUAAAUUUACCGAAGGAUGAUGUGGCAGAGAUUAUGGUGGAAGAAGUCAUACACUUUGCAGAGGAGCAUCCUGGCAAAAAGCCAGAAGUGUAUAUUGUAAUUCCUCCAGAUGACAAUGAUGUUUAUUUGGCUUUCUGUACCAAGCUGAUGUCAGUCAAAAACAAACUGGAAGAAAACAUGGACUGCAGUGAUAUGGAUCUCAUGGAGAUGCAGACCAACAUACAGGCCAAUGCGGGUUGUGAAAGAAAUGGGCCAUCUGUGGAACUGAUUGGACACAGUUGUGAAAGUCUGGAGGAAGCAGCAUUGUGGCUCAAGAACAUCAUACAAAUUGAAGAAACACACCGGAUUAUCAUAAGAAAUUCUAAUAUUCUAAACCUUGGAAAUGGUCAGCCUGUUGAGCUUUCUCAUCUCCAGAAGCAUUUCGGUAUAGCCAUACAGGAGAGCUUGACAGAAAAGGGGGCAGCCCUAGAGAUUGAAGGUUCCCCCCGAGCCGUGAUUGAUGCAACAUUUGCCAUAGAGUUCAUGCUGCAGACUACAGCCAAACAAGAACCCUUGACAACAGAUGGAGCAUCAGGGCAUCUUGAUGCAUACCCGCAUCAAGAAGGGCAUGCAGAGAUGACAAAUAAAUAUUGUUACCAAGUCACUCCGAUAGAGUCAUAUCUUCAAGAAUUCAAGGAUAAGGAAAGGCAACUUGAAAAAGCUGGCCUGAGGGUUCUCAAGAUAGAGAAAAUAUGUAAUCCUCUAUUAGAAUCUGCCUUCCAAAGGAUUAAAAGAAAAACAGAGGGAAAAAAUACUGGAAUGCCAGUUUGCCAUAGAUUAUAUCAUUGUGUGCCAGCUCAGUACUGUAGUCUAGUGUGUAAAACUGGAUUUCAGAAAACAUACUCUUCACAAGACCAGAAAUAUGGAGCUGGCAUCUACUUUAACAAGAAUCCCAGAAGUUUGGUAGCAACUACAAAGGAAAAAUGUGAAAUGGACCAUUUGAUCUGUUUAUUUGAGGCAGAGGUUGUAACAGGCUCAUAUACAAGGGGCAGUCGAAGUUAUGUGGCACCACCUUCACUCAGUGCAAGCAGUAUGAAACUCUACGAUAGUGUGGUUGAUGAUAUUCACAACCCUGAAAUCUUUGUCAUUUUUAAUAGGGAACAAGCUCUGCCAUUAUAUCUGUUGACUUGUUCCCUGCUCUGGAAUCCAGCAGAGAAGACCAGUUUGGAAAUAUCAGACCAGAAUCUUUGAGACUUUGGCUCAUAAAAAUAUAAAGUAGAUUUGGUGGGUUUGAAUUACAUAUGGCAGUUCUUCAGUGCAGUGGGAAGAAAAGCUUGCUUCAUUAAAAUCUUGAAGAAUUCUUACUGCUUAAUAAGUAAUUUAUCCACCGGUAAUAAAAAUAAAAGAACAACCAUGGUAACAUUUUAUUUAAAACAGAACUGCUGCAUUCAUCAUAUGAACUCUUUUAAAUUAAAAUUCCAA